GUCAAUUUGUCUUUCAAACUGAUUUUAUUAAAAAUUAAAAAUAUUAAACAUUUAUUCGAUCAAAGUGGUUGUUUCGAUGUUACUGAAUAGUAAAAAUAGUAUUAUUUCAUAGUUGAAUCCACAGUUGAAGCUCUUAAAGCCUUAAUAUUAUUUUUUCAAGACUAAAAGGCAUUGAUGUUUGAGCGUAGAAACCUUGAGGAUCAGCGUUAUCAAACUACGAGCGGGCUUGUUUAAAUUACGGGUGCAAGGUGAAUUAAGUGUUAAAAAUGGUGUCUUCCUCAGUUAUAUAUGCGGCGGUUCCCAUUUCUCUUGCCGUAGCUUUGGGUUUAAUACGGCGUUGGCGGUCACGGAAUUGGGCUAAAUGCUUAAGCAAUUCCUGUUUGAAGGGAAAAACCUACUUGAUAACAGGUGCGAACAGCGGUAUUGGUCUCGAAACGGCCAGAGCUUUAGUAAAACGAAAAGCUCGGGUCAUAUUUGCCUGCCGUGAUCUAGUUAAAGCCAAGGAAGUAGCUGCUGCCAUGCGAGAAGAAGAAAAGUGUGGAGAACUUGUUCCAAUGUAUCUAGACCUUGCAUCACUUGAAUCAAUAGAAAAGUUUGUAGAGGUUGUUAAAGUUGGGUUCUAUAAAAUUGAUUGCCUCAUAAAUAAUGCUGGUGUUGUGGUGCCAUUGGUGAAGGAUGAGAAAACCAAAGAUGGCUUUGAGAUACAUUUAGGGGUUAAUCAUUUAGGCCACUUUUACCUCACUAACCUAUUGAUUGAUCUGUUGAAAAAAGCUUCUCCAAGUAGGGUUGUUAUGGUCUCGUCAACUCUUCACGAACGGGGAAAAUUGAACUUUAAUGAUCUGAAUUUAAGAGCUGAAAUUGAAGCUGCUAAGAAAGGGAAAAAGGAUCGUCAUAAUCCCGGUUACUGCAAUUCAAAGUUGAUGAAUAUGUACUUUGCUAAAUCCUUGGCAGCAAAAUUACAAGAGAAUUGUGUCGAUGUUAAUGCAUGCUGCCCCGGGUUCUGUUAUACAAACCUGUUCAGAAACUUCGUGAAAUGGUAUCACUAUAUUCUACUUGCUCCAAUGGGUCUCCUCUUCAUGAGAUCAGCGAAACAGGGUUCAGAGACUGUAGUGUACUGUGCCACAGACUACAGUAUCGAAGGACAGACCGGUAAAUUCUACCGCGACUGCGCAGAGUAUACCUCGAAAUAUAAUUUCUCGAAGGAGGAAGAAGAAAAGCUGUGGGAGGUCAGCGAGGCUAUGAUCAAAGCACGGAAGCCGCUUCAAAAUUAAAUGUAUAUCGUAAUAGUGAAAUUCUGAAAAUGCAUUUUUUGGAUGUCGGUUCAACGUGAACAAUGAGCACAAGUGUCAAAGUAGUCAUUUCGUCGUACCGUUUAAUACUGGUUAAUUACGUUUAAUAUAGGAAAUAGUUAUUACAUAUAUUCAAAUAAGUAAAUGGUCAAUAUUUUUAUCAUUAUAUAAUGUUAUGUGUAAUAUCUCGAAUUUUUUGUAAAAUAUUCAAUUAAUAAAUUAUAAGAAAAUGUUAUAUGUCAAGCUAUUAGGCGGUUAGGUUCCAAAGAUUAAUGAAAAUAUAGACAAUAAAUUAGUAUAUUUUGGAAAUAAACAAUUAUAUUGCUA